GUAUUUUCCAGCUCUACAAGAAUCAGCUGAUCCGCCAUAAAGAUUUCUUGUUCCUUUGCUGUCAUACAUAGGGAAAACAUGACCCCCUCCUUUCCAAGAAAAAACCUCCUUACCUCAUCCAUCUUCUCCCUCCUAUUUAUAAAUUCCCCAGUGCAUCUCAACAUUCAUACAAACUUUUAAAUUUCUUUGAAAAACAUCGUCUAUUGUCAUUAGGAUUCGAUGGCAGGGAUUGGUAAAACGGCUCCAGAUUUCGAGGACUUAUUGCCGGCGAUGGCGGAGAAGCUGGGGGGAGACGGGCUGAUGAGGGAGUUGUGUAAUGGGUUCAAGCUGUUGAUGGACGAGGAGACAGGGGUGAUCACUGCGGCGAGCUUGAAGAGGAACGCUGCCGUGCUGGGGUUGCAAGAUUUGAGAGACGAUGAGCUGGCGAGCAUGGUAAGGGAAGGUGAUCUCGACGGCGAUGGGGCUCUCAGUGAAAUGGAAUUUUGUGUGUUGAUGUUCAGAUUAAGCCCUGGGUUGAUGGAAGAGUCCCGAUUAUUGCUGGAAGAGAUGCUUGAAGACCAGCUCAAAACUGCUGGAUUCUAACAUCGUCUUAUGUUGUUUCGACCCUUUUAUUACUCAUACAUGACAAUAGGGUACUACAAUACUCAAUUAAUAUUUCAUUAGAGUUUUUUUUUUCUAUUUAAUACAAUAUUUUUUAAUACCA